AUGUACCUACCGCGAGACCUGAUAUCCCAUCUCUACACCAACCUGCUUCGGACACACCACCGACUCUCUCCUCCAGUCCUGAUUCUUGCGGCUCUAGAACCCGAUGCAUUAUGUGCUUGCAGAGUAUUGACAGCGUUGUUCAAGCGAGACUAUAUAUCUCACAAAAUUCAGCCUGUUUCGGGAUAUGGCGACCUUACUCGAGCCGCGAAUGAGCUCAUCCAUCCCAUGAAGUCAAGUGAAGGGGGCACAGGCGGUGUUGUUGUCUGUUUAGGGGUCGGAGCACUUGUGGAUUUGAGGGAGUUGCUAGGUCUGGACACGGCGAACGAACAUCAUGACGGACUAGAUGGGAUUGAGGUCUGGGUUCUUGAUGCUAGGCGUCCGUGGAAUCUUGACAAUGUGUUUGGUGGACAACCAUCGUCACAAGUGCUGUCGGCGCCAGAUGGGAAUGCUCGGAAAGAAGGUUACGGGGUUGACAAAGGUCGAAUACAGAGGUCUUACAAGCCUGGCGCUGGAGGUAUUGUGGUCUUUGAUGAUGGUGACAUUGACGAGGAGUUAAGCACAGAGCGAGACGCGUAUUAUGCGUUGGCUGAAAUGCCGGAAGUGGAAGAGCAGGAGGACGACAGUGAUGACAGCAGCGACGAACAGGAUGGCACCCAUGACAGUCCCCAGAACAAAAAAAGGAAAUCGUGGUCAGAUCGUGAAGAUGAAGAAAACGAAAGUGAACAUGAGGACGGUCGGCCUAGACAAAGACGAAGAAGCAAUUCAGGUUCGUCUAUGUCAUCUCUACCACGUCGAAGACAUGGCUCUUCAUCGAUAUCAUCUCGCUCGUCAUCACCACCAAGCUUGCCCGCUGUAAAGGCGCCCUCUGCUAGAAGUCUUCGACGUCGAUUGCUUAGCCUUCGACGCGCCCAUGAGUCAGUAUUGGACGGCUACUUCCAGCUUGGUACUUCAUACUCCGAACCAAUAUCAUCCCUCAUGUACUCUCUUGCUUCCGACCUCGGCCGAGAAGAUAACGACCUUCUCUGGUUGACUAUUGUUGGUGUCUCAUCGGUCGAACUCUCGGGCCAAACUUCCUGCGGCCUCAGCACAUCGACUUCUUCACAUCAUAACAAGGCAUUACCUUUCCACCAUCAGUCAUGGCGCAUGAAUCGGUCUUCUCGCCUUUAUGCCCUGCUGCGAGAUGAAGUGCGCCGCCUCAACCUAUCUUCCAGCAGAGAUUCGUCUGCCUCCUCUCCUUCUGACACAUCUAUCCGCUUGACUCCGGACCCUCGCUUCGUUCUUCUCCGUCAUUGGUCACUCUACGAUAGCAUGUUGCAUUCCCCCUAUCUUGCCUCUCGUCUACAUCUUUGGAAUGAAACUGGAAUCAAACGCCUGCACAAGCUGUUGGCGAAAAUGGGCGUCAGUCUCAGCCAAUGCAGGCAGAGCUACACCCACAUGGACAUCAGUCUGAAAAAGAACCUCAGGGAGAAUUUGCUGAAGUACGCAGCAGUAUAUGGGCUUGAUGACCUCGUUCCAGAAGGAGCGGGCAGAGGGGCAGGAGAUUAUGAAGGAUGGGGAUUUGUGAGGAGCUGGGGCUGGAAAGCUCAGCUCUCCGCAAUGGAUGUCGGUGUGGUUGUAGGGGCUAUACUGGAAGUCGGACAUACACAACCUGGUGCAUCUGGUCUGGCAUCCUUGGCCUCGUCAGAAGCUCGCAAUGCGGAGGGCGAGACCGAAAUCUCGACUACCGCAGACCGAGAAACAGAAGACCGUUCCACGUCUCUCCUUCCUCGCUUCUUCGCUGCCUACGACGUGCUGGCGCCGACUCAUCCUUCGAAACUCCUCGAUGCAAUCCCCUUGGCUCAACAUCUUCUCAGGUCGAUCCUGCGCACAGGAUCAUCCUUGUUGGCUAAACACCAGAUCCGUCAUCUGCGGGCUUUCAGGAUGGGCGUGGUCAAGGAUGGACCAGAUCUCUCUCUCUUUGCCUCCAGCCCCGCGGCGCUCGUCAAGCUCGCAUUAUGGGUUGGCGAGGCGGUGGCGGUCAGUGAGAGGGAGAAAAAAGGAGGGAAAGAUGGUGCGACGCCGUUGGUGCUUGCAGCGCUAGAUGAAGUGCGAGGGACUUAUGUUGUUGUUGGAACUGGUGGCGGGAUAGGCGGGGUUAGUACUGGAGCUGAUAAGGAGAUGGAGAGGGAGAAGGCCGAGCGCAAAGCUGAAAAAGAUAAGGCGAGAGUGGAAAAGCGGAAGGUGAAGGAGCAAAGAAAGGCUGAUAGAGCCGCUGAGAAGGCUGUAAGGGAGCUUGAUGGAGAUGGGGACGGGGACGAGGAAGAGGAAGAGGAGAGCGAGGACGGGGAUUCUUCUUCCGACGAAGAGGAUGACGCUGAAGAUGUGGCGGAGCAAGAAAGGCGGCGGAAGCGUGGAUAUGGGCGCAAUCGAUUCGGAAUCGCCUUCACAGAGGUGGUAGAGGAGACGAAGGCAAGAGUCAAGAUCGAUAGUUUCGAUCACUGUGUGGUUGAGGUCAAGAAGGAGGAUCUAGGCGGAUUCCUCGAGGGGCUGAGCCUCAAGACCGUGGUGGGAAGAUAG